AUGAUCACUUUCAGCGUUCUCGCUCUUGCACUCAAUGUCUUUUCCGCUCUUGGUCACCAUUUGCAGCCCGUGUCUCGCGGACUCACCUUGAUUUCUAGCAGCCGUGGUUGCGCAACGGAAAUCUCCGCUGCGCAUAAGGAUGCCGUCGAGGCCGACUUUGCUGCCCGCCGCGCAGGACUUGCUGCGAAGAAGGCCGCUGCCAUUACCAUCCCGACCUAUUUACACGUCGUCCGCCACACAACGACGCUUGCUGGAGGCGACAUUCCUGACUCGCAAAUCACUGCCCAGAUGGCAGUGCUCAACGCCGCCUUCGCGAACACCUCUUACACUUUCCAACUCGUCGAAACGACCCGCACGACCAACUCCAGCUGGUUCCGGCGUGCCUCGCCCUUCGGUGAUGGGCUGCUCUACCAAAACGCCAUGAAGGCCGCCCUUCGCCGCGGCGGUCCGGAGACACUGAAUCUUUACUCGGUCGGAUUCACAGAUGAUGAGGGCCUGCUGGGCUACGGCACUUUCCCAUCGGAGUAUGAGGAGGCUCCCCAGGAUGAUGGUGUUGUGUUCCUGUAUAGCACCGUCCCCGAGGGCACGCAGGAGCCCUAUAACCUCGGUGGAACGGUUCAGCAUGAGGUUGGGCACUGGGUGGGACUCUACCACACCUUCAACGAGGGAGACCUUGCGAACACUUGCGACGGCUCGUCCGACCUCGUCGACGACACGCCCAUUCAGCGCUGGCCGACCGGCGGCUGCCCAACCCGCUCUGACACCUGCCCCGAGGUUGACGGCGAUGACCCGAUCCACAACUACAUGGACUACAGCGACGAUAUCUGCUACGAUAACUUCACCCCCGGCCAGGUCGAGCGCAUUGCCGCGCAGCUGAGUGUGUACCGCGGACUCUGA